CAAACUUGCUGAGGGUGCACUUGAUGCCAUUAUCUGUGUCACUGAUGAAGAUGUUGAAAAGCACUGGAAGUAGAUGACAUCCGUCGCUCUUCCCCUGUCCACCAAAGCCGUCUCUCUAUCAUAGAAGACCACCAGAUUAACAGGAGAGCUUGCAUUCUACAGAGUACAGGUUUUGAUCCCAUAACAUAAUUUUGGAAACUUAAAUGAAGCUUUUGCCCAACAAAUGGGUAUCUGGGAACAAAAUCAAGUUGUCCUUACUCCAUAUAACUUAGCAAAAGGGGGGGUAGUGAGGUGGGGGUUGGCCUCUUCUCCCAGAUAACAGCAACAGGACAAAAGAGAAUGGCCUCAAGUUGCACUAGGCGAGGUCCCUGUUGGAUAUUAGGAAGAACAUCUCCGUUGAAAGAGCGGUCGGGCACUGGCACAGCUGCCCGGGGAGCUGCGGGAGUCAGCGUCCAUGGAAGUGUUCCAGAACCGUGGGGAUGUGGCACUGAGGGACGCGGGCAGUGGGCAGCUGCGGGGGUGGACGGUGGCACUUGGUGAUCUUAGAGGUCUUUGCCAACCAGAGAGAUUCUGUCAUUCUGUGAAUCGAGUCAUUUAUUGGAACGAGAGGUAAUCAGCAGCAAAUAAUCAAAGAGUAAAGCCUCGAGAACAUCACGGGAACACGGAAACACUUGACUGGGAUACUGAUGGAGCCACAGGCCCGGCAACAUUCAGGUGGGGCCAGGAGGCUGGAUGUGUGGCCCAGUGCCUUCAGCAGCACCAACACGCCGGGUUCCUGCGGGGCUGCGUCCGGCACCGGGCCCCUCACCCUGCGCUGGCUGCAGGAGCCGCCGCCCUCCUGCUGGGGUGCCCUCACCCCUGUGACGUGUGAUGGCGUCACCGAGGGUGUCAGAGAGGGGCCAUUGUGACGCAUGGGGUGUGGAGCAGAGCUCAGGCUGCGGGGCUCAGGCCCAGCUCAGUGCGACUUGGUGAGGUUGGCACGCGGAGGAGAAAGCCUGGUGUUGCUGGGACAGACACUCUGCGAGUGCUCACUGUUGAUGCACACGAUGUCCGAGGGGACACAGCAGGCCGCCGGCUCGAGGGAGCCUGCAUGCAUGCUUUGUGGCCGAGUGGAUGAGGACUCGAGCACACUUGGGCACAAAGAAGAGAACGGGGGAUUCUAUUUCCAUGAGUUUUGUGCGUUAUUUGCCAACGGUCUUUGCGAAUACGUGGAAGGUAUUGGUGAGGCACGUUUUUCCAUAGAAGACCUGAUACGCACAUUGACGCAGGCAGCGCAGACGCUCUGCUUCGUCUGUGGCAAUGUGGGGGCCACCAUCACCUGCGCAGAGGCGGGCUGUGACCGCAGCUUCCAUCUCCCCUGCGCCUCCGAGGGUGAAUGUGUCACCCAGUACUUUGGAGAGUUCAGGUAAGGGCUGCCAGGCAUCGCCAGUGAACCUCCAACCCCUGCUGUCAGCACCAGGCAAAGCAGUGAGGAACGCGCUGCGACAGCUCCCAGCAGCCUGACAGAGCCAGAGCCAAGGCCUGGGGCUCCUUCCUGCUCCUCUGCCCUCCUCUCAGCACUUCUCACCUUGCCCAUCCCUCACAUCUUCCUCCAGUUCCUUCUGCUGGGAGCACCGCCCGCAGCAGGCAGUGGAGGCAGCGCCGACGCAGGACACGACCUGCAUCAUCUGCAUGGAGCCCGUGGGGGACAGCAGGUCGUACAGCACCAUGGUGUGCACAGCCUGCCAACAUGCCUGGUUCCACCGGGCCUGCAUCCAGGUAGGAGCCCUCUCCUCACCCUGUGGGCAUGGCAGGCGCUCAGCAGCACCAGGCCCGGCUCACACUCACCCUGCUUGUGUUUCUGCUUCAGGAACAGGCCCUGCGUGCAGGGGUUUAUUGCUUCCAGUGCCCCCUCUGCCGAGACUGGACCUGGUUUGUUCCAGACUUGCUCCUUAUGGGGAUCCGAAUCCCAUUCAGGUUGGUGUCUUUCAGCCAGCUCUUGAGAUGUGAGGGCACAAGAGCUGAGUCUGCUCAGGGACGGCACUGGUAGGCCUGGCCCUUUGCAGCCAUUAACAUGGGCCUCAGUAUCAUUGGGAAGCUGGAAGUGGGGACAGGGUGGAAGGGGUGGGAUGCCAUGGUUCAGUUUUAGUCCUGGGGCAGUGAUUGCUCAUCACAUUCCCUCCUUUCUCUGGCAGAACACCAACAUGGGAGGACAAUAAUGCCUACGCAUCACUACUAGAGAGGCACAGGAGCUGUGAUGCCAGCGACUGCCAUUACCCACACGGCAGGGAGCAGGCAGAGGAAGCGGGGCCCUGGGAGCUACUCCUCUGCUGCUCCUGUGCUGCACAAGGCACUCAUCGACUCUGCUCCAACCUGAGUCAGAGCACAGCCAGCUGGGAGUGCAACGCCUGUGCUGGAGAGGGCACCGCCUCCAGCACCAACUCAGAUCUUGUUGGCCUCAGCACUAGCAGCCAGCAGGGACUGGGGCCAGCCCAAGGCUCUGAGACACCAGAGAGCAGCAGCUCCAGCACCACCAGCCAGGCACCACUGACACCAGCACACGGUUCCCAUGUGCCUGAAAACAGUGUCCUGUCCAGUCAGCGCAGGAUGGACCAGAGGAGAAUCAGCCCGCGUUUACACCGGGACGAGAAUGCCUGCAAUCAGCCCCGAGGACACCGUGGGAGCUGCCGUAAUGCUGCCACCACUGCUGAGAGCAGCACACCAAACUCUUCCAGCCAGGGGACAUCACAGUCCUCAAGGCACUCCCCCGCACCUGGCUUCAACCACCAGUGCAGACAGGGACUGCGGGCCUGGACACGAAGCCGCUCUCCAUUGCAGCGCCGGGCCCCACGUUCUCCAAGCCAGCCCCAAACACACCGUGGGAGCAGGCAGGAAUCAACCCUAAGUGCCGAGAGCUGCACCCACAGCUACACCGGACAGGGAGCACCAGGGGCCUCAGGGAAUUCCACAGAGGCUGAUGGAAGCCGGUCCAGGCAGCCGGGGCGGGCCCGGACUCGUAGCCGCUCCCCUCUUCAACAUCGGGCUGCUGAGACCCACAGCCAGCCCCAAAGACGCCGCAGGAGCCGGUCCAGGCGGCGAGGGCCAGCCCAGGGGCAAAGCCGCUCCCGGGUACCACGUCGGGCCCGGAACAUCAACAGCCGGCCCCAGUGAUGCCAUAGGAGCAGCUGCGUGCAAGCUCUGCUUGUCCAAACCUGUCCAAAGUCAUCAGAGUCCAUCACAAUAAAACA